ACACUCCCAGCCCGAUCGUCCCUGGGUCGGCCCGUUGGGACUGUGGGGUAUGCACUAGGCACAAGGCACCAGACAGGCUAUCUCGGAAAUAAUCUGGCCCACGCGUUAAUCCCCUUUAUCCCCGCCAAGCCGUCACCAUGCUCAGAGUUCAUUUCGGUAACAAGUCAAACGGUAGUGAGAAGUAUUCCGUUUCGGCUACGGCAGUAGGACUAGUAGGAAUAUGAGAGUUUGGAAAUAUAAUAAUCAGUGUUUAAACGCUCUGCUUUUGCUCCAUUUAACCAGGUAGCCCACAGGUAGGACUAGUGAGUGUGACAGUUUUUGAUUAUUAUUAUUAUUAUUACUGGACACACUGGACGAGCCUCUGUCCCAGUCACCGCAUCUGAAUCAGAGAGACUUCAAACUGGCAUCACCCGAGUCAACUUUGGGAAUUUAGCGUCACCAGUAGAACUGGCAUCUGCAAUUUUGGCAUGGAAAACGCUGGAUUUGGGAUACUCCUGAUAACACUUUGCGCUUUUCAAGGAACGCAUGGCCAGUCUGUGGAUAUGGACGUGGAUAGGUUCGGCUACGUGGGCUCCAAGGUGGACCUGCGAUGCCGCUUCCUGAACAGCGUCCCCCCCGUAAAAAUCUCCCAGGUCACAUGGCAGAAAGUGGUCAACGGCAGCAAGCAGAACGUGGCCAUCGCCAACCCGUCGCUGGGCGUGUCCGUGGCCCCGGCCUACCGGGACCGCGUGGCGUUCAAGAGCGCGGCGGUGCGGCGGCGCGCCCCCGUGCUGGAGGACACCACGCUGACCUUCUCGUCGCUGCGGCUCGCCGAUGACGCCGCCUACAUCUGCGAGUACACCACCUUCCCCGCCGGGAACCGGGAGGGCACCGUCAACCUCACCGUGUACGCGCGGCCCACCACCAAGAUGAGCCUCUCCACCCCCACCCUGGUGGCCCGGGCCAACAACAUUAGGACGCCGGUGGCCACCUGUACCUCAGCCAAUGGGAAGCCACCAGGCAUCAUCAGAUGGGAGACGAGAGUUCCGGGCGAGGCGACGAGCACAGAGUUCCGGAACUCUGACGGAACGUUCACGGUGCAGAGUGAGUACGCGAUGGUGCCCAGCAAGGACACGCACCAGGAGGUCCUGACCUGCGUCACCACCUACAAUGACGAGGUGUUCACCGACAGCGUCACGCUCGACAUACAAUAUGAGCCAGACGUGUCUGUGGAGGGCUUUGAUGGUAACUGGUACCUGAACAGGGAGAAUGUGCAGCUAAGCUGCCAGGCCAACGCAAACCCCAGAGUCUCGCUGUACCAGUGGAAACGGGUGAACGGCACUAUCCCCAGCAAUGUGGAGAUCCAGGACAACACCCUGACCUUCAGCGGCCCGCUGACCUACGACCUUGAAGGGACGUAUGCGUGUGAGGCCACCAACGGUAUCGGCACGCGGGCCGCCUCAGUGGAGGUGGUCAUCAUCGAGAAGCCAUUGCCCCAGGUAGCAACAGGUGAUGUCAUCAGUGUGAUCGCCCUGCUAUUGGCUGCCGGGGUGCUCAUGGGCAUCACCGUCACAGUCCUAGUGCUGAAAAUAAGAAGUAGGAAAGCUGGCACCUCGAGUCAAUCUCCCGCCAGCAAACCGUCCCAACCGGUGAGGAAAAGACCAGCCGACGACAUUCAGCACGCAGGGAGGUUCUACGAGGAGCUCCCCAACACAGCGGACUACGUCAGCUACCGCCUCGCCUGCAACAAGGAGGACUACCCGGAGCCCUACUCCCCUCCCUUCCAUCCCCCGCUCUCCUUCCUCCCCCAGCACCCGUACCAGCCUGCGGACCCCAACCACGCCCCCGCCCUGCCGUCCGCCACCGCCGCCUCCACAGCCAAACGCGUGGCCAUGAGCCCGGUCACCUCCAAAAACACCUUCUCCCCCCCAACUCACACCACCGCCAUCUUUAAAUACCCGUCCCUGCCGGGCAUGACGUCCCCACCUCCGGGCGUGGCCCCGUACACGUUCCCCAAAGAACAGUACGUCUGAGGGGGUCUCGCUCCCCGGGGUUGGGGGGCAGAGGGGUGAACUGCAUCCCCCUCUCUCUCCCUGGGCCUCCAUCGGAGGGGUGGAGGUGGGCCUGCUUGGGCUCUGGGCACCCCCGGUAGCCCCCCCCCCCCCCCAGUACCACCACCUGCUCAAUACCAGUUACGUGUUUGACACAACACACGCGAUACAUUGCAAUUGCAGACGGUCGCAACUUUGCAAGAAGAAAAGACAAUGGAACAAAGGGUUUGAUCUUAUCAGAUGGGAUUUAGGCUUAUGUACAUUUUUGAUACGUUUUUCUGUGUAUUUUUCUUGUUUUGUGAUAUGUGGUUUAUGUGGUUCAGAAAAUAAUGGGUUGGUUUGGCUUUCUGGCCACCGGAACAGGGGCGAGGUGAAGUCCCAGGUUAGCAUUAAACUGGGUUUACCGAUUAUUUGUAUCAGAGGAAAUUACUCUGGAAUGGGUUUGUUAUAGUAUGAUUCAAAUCUUUUUAGAUUUGUUUUGAAAUCAUCUAAAUGGAUAGGAUUAUUUCCUCGUAAAGCCAAACCACUUACAUGCUUAGUCUUUUGUGUAUAUCCUUUUAAAAAUGUAUUAAAAAAAAUAUACAACAACAAGAACCACAACAAUAUAAAAGCAAUCAAAAGAGAUAUCUCCUACAUCUUUCGCUUUAUUCCACUUUGGGAACUUUCCUCAAUACGUAAAAUUUUACUUGUGUUUUUGUAUCCUUGUUUAUCAUUACCAUAAUGAAUUUUAUGAGUUUAUCAUUUUGACAGUGAUAUGUAACGUGUUUUGUGUUUAGUUUUUUUUUUACUUUCCCGGGUUGGUUUUGCAAACAUCUGUGGUAUCCAGCUAGAUUAAAAAUACCAUGAAAACAAGAUAGAAUUUCAAAUAUAUAUUCUGAUCUCCUUAUUCACACUACCUACUUAUUUUGAUUAUUGACUAUGUGUUGAAUAACAUUGUACACAGCCAUUUCUAAAAUAAUAUAAUCCGGUUUAUUUAUUUUACUCAUUUGGGGAGCUACUUGUGUUUACAUAUUAAUAUUUUUUAAAUGCUGUUGGUGUUUGAGAUAUUUUGACAAACAGUGACCUGUCUUUGAUUGUGUACUUAUUAAAAUACUUGAUUACAAUAACCCAAUAUAGCAACAGUUCACGUUUCAUUAAGAAGGGAACUUCCAUAGUUUCCAUUGUGACAUUUAAUGCAUCAAGUUUUUAUCUAUAUACAUUUUUAUACAUGCAUUGGUUGAAUGUGUUUGCUUCAAUUCACUCAUUAAAAGUCUAUUCAGGUAUAACAUGCAUAAAUAAGCUUGAUAAUUAAAUGUGUUGAUAUUGUUCCCCUUUCAAAUCGGUCUUAUUGGUAUCUUGAACUACUGUUUACAUUUCAACCUUUGUUUUAGUGAACAUUCAAAUAAAAACAUGGGGUUAACAGGGGUUAGAUUUACUUGGGAAAGUUUAAGUAGACAUUGUUCUGAAUUAAUACUUUUACUUAAAUACAUUCCUAACCAAAGCCAUAACUAUUUGCUUAAUUUAUUGAACCAUUCCAAAUACUAACUUUUAGUAAAGUAAAGUAAAUUACUUCAAAACAGCAAUAGCAAUAUGUGUAGUGCAAUAAAUGGUAAUAGGUUGUUCUUCUGUUUGAAAGCAAUAAUAGUGUAACCAAGUCAGACCAAGAUUUACUUGUUUUGUACUUUUGAUUUCAAGCAUAACAAUCAAUGUUUAUACUUGUAUUCAUAUUUAAAGGUAAGGGUUAGGGUUAGGAUUAGGAUUUUAAAAAAAUCGAAAUUUAUCCUUUAGUGAAAUGUUUGACAGAAUAUUGAUAUUUUUACUAACUUCAGUAUCAGAUGAGUACUUUUUCCACCCCGGUGUUGUUAUGCUGCUGCUCAGGUUAAUCCCUGAGAAACUGAUCACGGCUUUGCAUUCAUUCAUGACAGUCUCACCUUACACCCUACUGGUGCAACUUACUGGCACAAUUUACUACUUCACUCUGCUGGGACCUUACUGGUACAACAUAAUGGAGUCAUCUAUACUACAAUGACCAUGCAGGUUGUUUAUGUGUGUGUGUGUGUGUGUGUGUGUGUGUGUGUGUGUGUGUGUGUGUGUGUGUGUGUGUGUGUGUGUGUGUGUGUGUGUGUGUGUGUGUGUGUGUGUGUGUGUGUGUAUGUAAGCAUUAUAGCUCUGAAAUGCCAUAUUUAUAAAUCUGCUGUCACCCUCACUCUAUUAAAGGUGUUUACUGAU